AUGGAGGGCAUGAACGAGGUGAACGAGGAGCUGCUGCAGAGGCUGACCAAUGGGAUGAGCGAACCUGAACAAGCCGCUGGUGAUCCCGCGCUCCGCAGAGACAAGCGUGCCGCUGGACUUCCACUCUCCCCGCGGAGGAAGUGGCAGAGUGGCUGCGAGGGAAGGGCUUCACUGACGCGUGCACAGCUCUUCUCCUUGAAUAAAGAGGAGCUACGCGCUGUGAUUCCUAAAGAGGGCGCUAGAGUGUACAGCCAGCUGACUGUCCAGAAAGCACUGCUGGAGGAUGCGAGGAGAGCCACAGAGCUGGAAACAGUUAUGGAGAAACAGAAACUCAAAGUCGACCAUAAUUUAGAGAGCGGCACAUUGUGA